GGUGAACGUUAUCAUUCUGGGCCUGGAUGGUGUAGUGCUAGCACCUACCUCCUCGUCCUUACUGUGCUCUCCAACAUUGUAUAUUAUAGUUUACUGCUCUGUGUAAUAACCCCCAAGAAAGGGUACGUUACCCUUAUAAGUGAUUCUGUUGACCACUGCAGUGAGUACCCAUUGAGCCCAGCAUCCCUACAAUUGAUCAUCCUUUGAACCCUGUAGUGAUCAACUAUUAAGCCCUGCAGUGUUCCUCCAUUGAGCCCUGCGGUUGAUCAUCGACUGAACUCCGCUGGAGUCCAAACCAUCCAGAGGGAUCCCACAGUGUGCUGAAGUGAGCCCAGUUGAGCUUUAAAGUGAACUUGGUUAUCACAAAACCCCUGAUUUCGACAGUGACCAAAUAUGGAAGGUCAUGACAAUGUCGGGGACAUGAAAGGAGACGCCCAGCAGCCGCAGCAAGAGCAGCUCGGGGAAGGUUCAGUCAGUUGCAUUGUUUCCGACCAAUCAAAGUGGGAAGUCCAAGAAGAAAAUACUGAAGAACAGCCGGCUGAAGAACAGGUAAACCAAGAACAGCAAGCUGAAGAACAGGUAAACCAAGAACACCAAGCUGAAGAACAGGAAACUGAAGUUGUGCAAGUUAAAGAAGAGGUAGAGGUCAAAGAUCAGGUACAUAAUAAAGAGGAAGUUAAUCAGGCUGAUCAAGAAGUUGAAGAACAAACAAGUGAAGGAAAGGAAGUUGCAGAACAGGUAGACGAAAGAGAGGAGGUUGAAGAAGUUGACCAAGGAGAGGAAUUAAUAGAAGAGGUUGAUGAAGGAGAGGAAGUUGAAGUGAUAGAAGAAAGCGAGUUAGAUACAGAAGAUUUAAACCAAAUAGAGGAAGAUCAAGAGGAGACUGAAAAAGAAGUCAACCAUAAUAUCAAGGAUGUGGUAGAAGAGGAGGGUAAACAAAAAGAAACUGAAGAAAGGUAUAAAAAUUGGGAGAGAAAAGAACAAGCAGAGCAAAAACAGAACAUCAAGCAAGUGAUACCAGCAUACAGCACAGAGGGUAUUAACGACGCCAAACAAAAGUGGAAGGCUCUUGAAAAACAGGAGGAUCAGUCUGAAGUAGACAAUAAUAAGAAUUACAAGAUAAAGAUAGGGCAGAAGCCAAAGGAUAUAGAGAGAGAACCAAAUACAGCAAGAGCCAUGGCUGAUGCUACAAAGACCAGUCGAUUUGGUGGUACCAGUGAAAAAUGUGCACAGUGCAACCGUACUGUAUAUGCUAUGGAGAAGAUGGAGGUAGCGGGACGUUUGAUGCACAAAACGUGCUUUAGGUGCUGCAAGUGUAACUCUCCACUCAGUGUCGGAAGGUUUUCUGUUGGUGGUGGGCACUUGUACUGCUUAACACACUACAAGCAAGCAUUUAGAGAGAAGGGAACAUAUGAUGUCUUCACCCCAGACAACCCCUGCAAAGGAAAAUGGCAACCCAAGGCUCAAGAAUAAUAACUAGUAUCAGGAAAUCUUAGGGGACCAGGUCAAGGAAAUCUAGUUUGUCAGUGAGUACAGUAUACUGUAUUUUUAGAUCUUGCUGAAAUUUUUUUUUAAACAUUGCCCCUGGUAGUUUCCCUUUGAUUAUGUAUAAUUACAUUAGUUUUACAUAGAUUUGAGGCAAGACAUUGUUGAUUAUAAUUAUUAAAUAUGCAUAAAAAGUGUGUAAGUGAAUUUCAUAAACGUUGACAAGCUCUCUUGAGCUCCAUCCUUCAGCUUGUAGUUGGAUGUUUUAUGAUAUCCUCAUUAAAAUGUAUAUUAUUAUUCAUAUCUGUAUUUUUUAUACAUAUUUAAUUACAUUUAUAAGUUUUCUAUUUGAAAUAGAAAAUUGAUUGUAAUACAUCUUUACAAACUUCUGUAAGCACUCAGAAAUACGGGUAUUUUCCCACUGAGUCCUUUGAUUAGAUCGUAAUCAAGGCAUUUGUUAUGCUUGAUGAAUAGAAUAUGGAUUUUUGUAUAUACAUGUAAUUUCUGUAUAGAUUGAACUUGUUAAUCUAACAAGCAAUAAGCCAUUCUCCAUGCUUUCUCAGUAACAUUAGUGUGUUGUCAGCCAAAAAUUACACAAUGAAAUUUAGUCCAUAUUCUGUUACUUAUAAUGUAUAUAAAUGUGACUUGGUUCAAAAGACUGUUUUAAAGCAAUACCAAAUUGACUGAGGUUUUAGAAAAAACAGAGUGGAUUUAUUUUGUGACAACUGCAUCUUAGUCACACAGCACACUUAAAUAUAAUAGAUUACAUAAUUUAUUGUUUUCUUUGUUUUGCCCCUAAUGAACCUUGGUAUGAGUUUCUCCUAAACAAAUCCUUAUUAUGCCUUUAUAGUAAUAAAAAUUUUGUCUAAAAAAAAUAUUUUUGGAUAUGUCUUGUGGCCUUAAAAUAGAUAUUAAUGUAUUAAUAACUUCUCUAAAUAAAAUAUUCUAGUCUUCCUUCUAGAAUUUUGCCUUUACAUAUGUAUUUUUAACUUAGUUAUUUAUGCUAUACAGUACUGUACUCUACUGUACAGUACAGUAUAUUUACUUUAAUAAUUGUUGAAGAUCAUUGGUAACUAAUGAUAAAUUGCAGUACAUGUAUGUCAAAGGCAUCAUAUGUGGAGGAUUUUGGAUGUAACUUUUUAAAAAUCUUUGAGCAAGAAUCUGAUUUCAUGUUUUCAUUAAAUAUUUUGAAGUUAUAUCAAUUAAAGUUAGCCUUUUAAGAAUGGGCUUUGAAGUUACCACUUGACCUUUGGUAGGCUUCUUUAAUUUUUUCUCUGUUUUUAUAACUGGUAUAUCUUACACUUUAUGGAGACUAGAGCAUCAGAAUUUAUUAUACAUGAAGUUUAUUGCAUAACUUAAAAAUUAAUACUUUUUGAAAAAUUUUCAUGUUUCCCAUAAACAUUUACAAUUCAUUCAGUUAUGUAGUUUAAUGCAAUACACUACAUACUUCUUUAUAUUCACCAGUAUUGUAACAUAAAAUUAGAUGACAGUUGAGAAAAAAAAGUAAUUGAAUAUGGUACAAGCUGUCAUAGAUAUUUUGUGCAUUUCUACAUAAAAUCCUAAUGGUCACUUUUAUGUCAAAUGAUAUUCAGUGUUCUUAUGGUAUGAUCUUGUUGGAGUGAUUGACUUCUUUGUCUUUUACUUUGAUAUUGAUAUUGAUUACUGUACUAAAGAUUAUUUUUCUUGUACAGUAUUAUCAUAUAUUUCCUUAUCUUUUCAAAGUCAUGUCAUCUAUAUUUUUAUUCAUGAAAUUUACAGCACAGGUACUAUAUAUACAUUAUCAGGGCACAUACAGUAUAUAAAGCCUCUUAAAUCUUGACUAAGCUCUCCAGAUGAUUUGAGAAUUAUCUGGACCAUAAUUGGCUUCAUGGAUCUUGAGAAUUUUGGUACCACGAAUCUUAACAUUAGUUACAUAAAUUAUUCUGCCUUUGGCAACUCCCAGUAAUAUGUCAGAUCAUAAGCUUUGCAAGUACAGUACAGGUACUGUAUAUUAUGUACAAUUUAUUUUGGGGUUUUCCAGUUCUUAGUGUUUGUUUGAAGCCUUAUUUUGUGUACAGGUAUUUCAUCUUUUAAUUGCACAAGUGCUCUUUAAGAUAUGGCAUCUUAUUAAACUUCUUGGUAAAGAAUUUUAUUUUUUGAGAUGUAGUAUCAUUGUCUCCACUAGUCAAGUUUACUUUUAUACAGUAAUUCAAUUGAAAUGGAGAUCAACUUUGUUGAUUAAUUUUUUUUCAAUUAAUCUGCAUAGAAAAAGCACAGAUAUUGAAUAAGUGGAAAAAUGACAUUACUGUAUAUGCAUUCUGGCUUGUGGUUAGUCAUGUUGUGCCUAGCUGUGCUCUGAUAACUUUCAGGCCUAUACAUGUACUUGGAGUACCUUAUAAGUCUGCCUUGAAGCUUUGUAUUUAGAUAUUGUAGUAAAAUUUAGAUUAUUUCUACUCUAACAUAUGAAAUAUUUUAAUAUUAGCUUUUUCUAAAAUUUAUGAAUAUGCAUGGCUUCAUUUUGGAGGUCUUUGAUUUAUGUUUGGCAGUUUCUCAUAACCAAAUGUGUCUGUGCACCAGUUAAUUGGGAAUUAAGAGUUUUUAUUGUACUGUAUAUGUAUAUACACUGGUAAUGUGUGUGUAUAGAUACAGUAGGUAAGAUUUGAUUGUCAACUGAAUACCUUCUCAUGGUACUGUGAGUUUGCCGAAUUCAAUGGCAUUCAAAAUUUUUAUUUUAUUAUUCUUUUUAUUUUUUAUAAUAUUCACAUUGCUUAUGGUAUGACUGAGUGGCCAGCAAUCUGCUUAGACUUUAUUCAGAACAUAAGCAAUAUUUCAUGGCAACAAAAUAGGCAUUUACAGAAGUGUGCAAACUGGAUAUUGGAUAAGAAACUGUUGUAUGGUAUAACAAUGGGCGGUAUGUGGAAUAUGUACAAAAAUAUGGUGUUUUGUACUACAGUGUAAUUAGAUCCUUUAUAAAAUAUAAUUUGUAAGCUCAAAUGUAUGGUGUUCCUGUAUUGUCACAUGCAGGUGUGUAAUACUAGUUAAAGCAUUCAUGUCUUUGAAAAUAUAAUUAGGUAUAGUAUCAAAACAUGCAGUACCUGUACAGAAAAAUUAAUCUUUACUAAAUGAUGUAGGUAAGGAAAAAUGCUAUAUCUUUAGUAUAUUUGUGUAGAGUAUUUUAAAAGUUGUUGCUAAGUACUGUAUCUUGAAGUGCAGACAAAAACAACAUUGUUCUACAUUUUAUGGAAGUAGUAAUGAGACUUGUAGAACUGUACAUUUAUUAGGUCCUACACUGUUCUUACAGUUAACACGUACCCUUCAUAAAAGAAACCAGUGCUGUAGUGUAUGUGUAUCAUUGUAAUUUGUCAUAGCACCUUGCAUAUUAUGUUAAACUGGUUGUAGGUUAGUGGUAUUGAUUGUAAAAAAAAUACUAUUGUACAGAUUGAAUAAAUACCCUGUGCCUGCAUUUCAAUGCAGAGGAACUAGUGCAUUCUACUUGUAUGCAUUUUUUUUACCGUAUUUUACGAUUUUACGGCUUACAAGGCACUUUUUUUUUCUGGAAAAAAAAAGCAUGCAUCCUAUUGUAUAUGUGAAGUUGUGGCCUACCGUAGGCUAAUUACAAAUAUUUUAAUUCUUACUUAAACACAUUACCUGUGUUAUUACUUUUAGUUAAUAAAAAAAAAUAUUGUAAAUAUAAAAGCGGGAUUUAUAACUGUACUGAUGAUGAUAACCCAAAAUGUUUAGUGUCCGUAUAACAGGCACCCAACUUUUCAGAGCUAAGCAGUAACCAUUUUUGAUCUCUUACAAAUGUUACUAUCUAUUAAUGUCAUACCUGCAACAUAUAUCUUUAAAUCAACAAAUAUCUGAUACAAAUGAAAAUUUACAGAUUAAUUUCUUUUCACUUAUCAUAAGAUCAAAAACAUAAAAGGGGAAUAAACUUCUUCAUUUGUUUAGAAGAGGGCAGGGGGGGGGGGUUCUCAGCUGUUUUGAGCUGUCUCCUGUGUGUAGUGGAACUAUUUUUAUUUAUUCCUCAAAUUUACUGGUAUUGUACUGUAUAUAUUAUUUUAAGAAAACUGGCUACAGGAGGAAAAUUCAUGCAAGUUUUUUCCUAAAUAUUUCCUGGUGUAAUGAGGGUGCGUCUUAUAUGCCGUAAAAUAUGAUACUGUAUAGAAUUUGACAAUACUGCUUCUAGCCUGUCAUUUUUCCACAUAGGUAUAUGGAACAACAAUUUGCCUAUAAAAUUUCAGAUACUGUACUGUAAUAGAUUCUUUGUUAGAUAAAUUAGAGGAGGUCAGGUAACCUGGAUACUUUAAAUACUUUUGAAAUACUGUAGUGAAUGCUUUAUGGACCCUAUUUUGCUGUUUGAAUACUAAGAGAUUGUCUACUGUGGACAGAGUGGAAAUGUGUAGAUUAUGUACUAACAUACAUUUUCAAAAAAACAUUGAGACCUUUUCUAUUGAAAAAUUAAAGGAUUUGUAUAAAUUAUAAGUAGAUUCA